AUGUCGUCCUCAGCUAUCUUCAUAUUAGAUCUAAAGGGAAAGGUGAUCAUCGCAAGAAAUUAUCGGGGGGACAUCGAUAUGAGCGUCAUCGAUCGAUUUAUGCCACUAUUGAUGGAAAAAGAAGAAGAAGGAAUGGUGACUCCAGUCCUCGUCCAUCCUGAAGUGACAUUCGUCUUUAUUAAACACACAAACAUCUAUUUGGUGUCUUCUUGUCGAACAAAUGUGAACGUAACUCUGGUGCUAUCGUUCUUAUACAAAUGCAUCGAGGUAUUUAACGAAUACUUCAAAGACGUUGAAGAAGAGUCGGUGAGGGACAAUUUUGUGGUGAUCUACGAGCUGCUGGAUGAAAUGAUGGAUUUUGGAUUUCCACAAACGACUGAAAGCCGAAUACUUCAAGAAUAUAUAACUCAAGAAGGUCACAAACUUGAAAAUGCUCCACGGCCACCAAUGGCAGUGACAAAUGCGGUUAGCUGGCGAAGUGAGGGCAUAAAAUAUCGAAAGAAUGAAGUCUUUUUGGAUGUCAUCGAAAGUGUUAACAUGCUUGCAUCUGCUAAUGGUACCGUCUUGCAAUCCGAGAUUGUCGGAGUAGUAAAAAUGCGUGUUUAUCUUACCGGAAUGCCCGAAUUACGACUCGGAUUAAACGAUAAAGUACUAUUCGAAGGAAGUGGACGUGGGAAAAGCAAAUCAGUAGAGCUGGAGGAUGUGAAAUUUCAUCAAUGUGUUCGACUUUCGCGCUUUGACAACGAUAGAACUAUUUCUUUCAUUCCACCCGAUGGAUCAUUUGAGCUUAUGAGUUACAGAUUGAACACUGUGGUAAAGCCGUUGAUUUGGAUCGAAACCUCCGUGGAGAGACAUUCGCACAGUCGCGUAGAGUACAUGAUCAAAGCAAAAUCACAGUUCAAACGUCGUUCAACAGCCAAUAACGUCGAGGUGAUCAUACCAGUUCCAUCGGACGCCGAUUCUCCGAAGUUCAAGACGAGCAUUGGAAGCGUUCGGUAUACACCCGAGCAGUCAGCAUUUGUUUGGACCAUCAAAAGCUUUCCAGGUGGUAAAGAAUAUCUUCUUUCUGCACACUUCUCGUUGCCUUCGGUUGUGAGUGAAGAAAGUGAGGGAAGGCCACCAAUCAAAGUCAAGUUCGAGAUCCCAUACUUUACCACUUCCGGGAUUCAGGUCCGCUAUUUGAAAAUUAUCGAGAAGAGCGGAUAUCAAGCACUGCCGUGGGUUCGGUACAUUACUCAGAAUGGCGAGUAUCAGAUGCGCAUGAAG